GAAAAAAUGAGGUACUGUGGCGGCUCAUUUCCUAGCGUAUGCGAACCGACUCACAAUUAGAUAGCCUACGGGGGUUUGCGAGCACAGAGCUUUGGAGCCUCUUCGCCAUGGGGGGCCGGUUGACAGAGGCUUAAAAGUGAGGCUGAAGUUUUCGAAUAAAGUUUUUCCUUCGACUGCAGUUACCGACUCCGUGUCGUAAUUUUAGCGCUGCUUGUAGCACACCGCUACAAUUGGUGACCCCGACGGUCCAAACGAUUUUUGGACCAGAAAUGACCGACGCCGCCUCUGUUCAUGCGGUUUCGUUGAAACUGCCGGGUUUCUGGACACAGUGCCCGGACCUAUGGUUCCAGCAAGCCGAAGCCCAAUUCCACGUUCGCCGGAUCACCUCAGAAGACACCCGCUACUACUACGUGGUGGGCUCCCUCGACCAGGACACAGCUGCCCAGGUCGCGGAGUUCGUACAGUCGCCCCCGGCAGACGGCAAGUACACGGAAUUCAAAGCUCUGCUCCUCAGGACUUUCGGACUCUCACGGCGCGAGCGGGCUGCCCGUUUACUGCACCUGGAUGGCUUGGGCGACAGACCUCCAUCGGCUUUAAUGAAUGAGAUGUUGUCUCUGGCCGAGGGACACACAGGCCUCAUGUUUGAGCAGGCAUUCCUGGAGCAGCUGCCCGAGGACAUACGCCUGCUGCUGUCCGACGCGGAUUUCAGUGACCCCCGGAAGGUGGCAGCCCGGGCGGACUUGCUGUGGAACGCCAAAAAGGUGAGCGGGGCGUCCAUCGCACAGAUCUCCCAGCCACGCUCCCGGCAGCAAACCAGUCCAGGCCCGGCCGCAGAGCCCACUAACCCCCGGCCCAAUGACCACUGGUGCUUCUACCACCAGCGGUGGGGCGCAGAAGCCCGCCGUUGCCGCCCGCCCUGCAAGUUCCCGGGAAACGCCAGGGCCAGCCGCCGCUGAUGGCUACGGCGGCUGGCCAUCGGGAUAGCCUCCUGUAUGUGUGGGAUAGCAGGUCGGGACGCCGCUUUUUGGUCGAUACUGGGGCUGAGGUCAGCGUUUUACCUCCGACGAGUUACGACACCCGCAGCAGGGCACCGGGUCCCCCCCUGAGGGCCGUGAAUGGCAGCACAGUAAGGACCUAUGGCACCCAUCAGGUGCAGCUACAGUUCGGCCCCAGCCAGUUCACGUGGGACUUCACACUGGCCGCCGUAGCCCAACCGCUUCUGGGUGCGGAUUUUUUGCGAGCUCACAGCCUGCUGGUUGACCUGCCCAGGAAGAGACUGGUACACGCUGAGACCUUUCAGACGUUCUCCCUGGGCGCGGCCCAGUUGCCAGCCCCUCACCUCGGCUCCAUCACGCUGUCCGACAACAACUUCACCAGGGUCCUGGCGGAGUUCCCAUCGGUUCUGGCACCGCAGUUCACAGCA